AUGUCUAGAACACCUUUCGGCGGAUUCAUGGGUGGCUCUCGAGGCCAACAGCCUCCUCCACCUCAGCAACAGCAAGGCUACGGUGGCCCUCGAUACAACGACCCUCGACAGCAGCAGCAGCCUCCUCAGAACUACCAAAGUCAUCAAGGCGGCGGUGGUGGUAGUGGCUAUGCGGAGAAGCCCUCGCGAUCUGGCGGGCGCCAGGUUAACCUUCGAGUCGAGAAGGUCACAGACAAGUCCCUUCAGUCAAGAUUGAUCUACGGCAACCUGUGCGCUGUUUCUCCCGAUGACUUCCCUCCUAACCGCGAUGGAUCCGAUCUUUAUAUUCUGCUCCAAGCAGGCCAGCCCAUGGGCGAAUACGUUGUCACCGCAAAGCCCGUAGAUGGGUUUCCCUCGGGCUGUAUCAGCUUGUCAGACCCCCAGCGAUCAUGGGCCGGUAUCACUAUGCGAGACGUGUUUAGAGGAGAAAUAUAUGACCCUUUUGCGGCCGGAGGAAAGGCGUACUUGGGCUCAGUCGACCUAGAAAUCGGCUUCGCUUCCCCCAACAAGAAGACAGACGUUCCUUAUGACGAGGACGAGCUAUCUAAGAUGUUUAUCGACACAUAUCAAAAUCAGGUGCUUUCUCCUGGACAGCGCAUCCUUAUGGACGUCCGAAAUGUUCCUCUUCUUGUCGUCGUCAAGACGGUCUCUUUGACAGAUUUGGCCAUGACUUCAGACAACUCCAAAAAGGCCCAGCGAGAACCCCAUGCUAGGGGUAUCCUGACGACUCAGAGUCAAGUCAUCUUCCAUCGUGAUGCAAAGGGUGAUUUCAACCUCAAGCCCUCGAUGCACAAGCCCAACUCCAACGCCAUUCUCGCUCCGGACUUCAAGUUCGAGGAUAUGGGCAUUGGUGGUCUGGACGAUGAGUUCGCUACCAUUUUCCGUCGUGCAUUUGCAUCUCGUAUUUUCCCUCCUGGCUUGAUCGCCAAGAUGGGUAUUACUCACGUCAAGGGAUUGCUGUUGUACGGUCCUCCAGGUACCGGAAAGACCUUGAUUGCCCGACAGAUUGGUAAAAUGUUGAACGCCAACCCACCCAAGGUCAUCAACGGUCCCGAGGUUCUCAACAAAUACGUUGGUCAGUCUGAAGAGAAUAUCCGAAAGCUGUUCGCCGAUGCAGAGAAGGAAUACAAGGAGAAGGGAGACGAGAGUAGUCUGCACAUUAUUAUCUUUGACGAGCUUGACGCUGUCUGUAAACAACGAGGCUCCGGAUCUGGUGGAGGUACUGGUGUUGGUGACAGCGUGGUGAACCAGCUUCUCGCCAAGUUGGAUGGUGUGGACCAGCUUAACAACAUUCUUUUGAUCGGAAUGACCAACCGAAAGGACAUGAUCGAUGAUGCUUUGCUGCGACCCGGUCGUCUUGAGGUGCACCUCGAGAUCUCACUUCCUGAUGAGGCAGGUCGACUCGAUAUUCUCAAGAUUCACACUGCCAAGAUGGCCGCGAACGGACUGUUGGACUCUAGCAUUGAUUUGGAUGAAUUGGCUGGCUUGACCAAGAACUUUUCAGGUGCCGAGAUCAGUGGUCUGGUCAAGGCAGCUGCAUCCUGCGCAUUUUCUCGACACACUGAAGUCGGUCAGCUUGCUGCUGUGAAGCAGGAUGUUGCCAGCAUGAACGUGAAGCGUGAGGAUUUCAUGGUAGCUCUCACCGAGGUGCGACCUGCUUAUGGUGUCUCGGAGGCUGAGUUGAUGGAGGCUAUCCGCUUGGGUAUCUAUCAUUAUGCACCUCAUAUCGACAUGAACAUUCAACAAAUGAUGCGUGUCGUGGGCAUGGUCAAGGAGGACCCGAACAAGUUCAGCACAUCAGUUCUUUUCCAUGGCCCUCAGGGAUCUGGCAAGACAGCCCUGGCUGCACACAUCGCUAUGCAAUCAGGUUUCCCCUUUGUCAAGAUGAUCACACCAUCAGACCUGGUCGGAUACCGUGAUGACUUUGCCAAGAAGGACUAUAUCCACAAGGCCUUUACAGAUGCCUACAAGUCGCCUGCCAGUAUUCUAAUUCUGGACGACUUUGAACGUCUCAUCGGAUGGAACCCUAUCGGACCUCGCUUCUCCAACACCAUGCUGGAAGCAUUGACGACUCUGAUUGUCUCCCGGCCUCCCAAGGACCACCGUCUUUUGGUUUUCGUCACCACUUCCAAGGCUUCGGUACUAAAGAUGCUCGAGAUCGAUGGCGAUUUCGCAAAGAAGGUCGCCGUUCCUGGCGUGUCCAACUUGCGUGAGCUGGCGGCAGUCCUACAGGAGUCACCCGAAUUCGAACAUGAUGUUAAUGCCGCAGUCAACGAAAUCGGUCGACAAACAGGAUCGGACAGCGUUGGAGUGGGUAUCAAGACAAUUCUGGAUUGUAUCUUUGAGUCCAAGAGAGACCCUAAUGGACAGGUCGUUGAGGCCUUUGUAGAGUUGGUUGUUGGCAAGAUUCAGGAAUUGAGGAUGUAG